AUGGGCUGGGGUCACGUCAUCCAAGACUCGGACGAGGACGAGCCUCUGGGCGAGGACAUUGAGCUCGAGGCAGCGGCUCCAACUGACGCGGUCAAAGGAGGGUCGCAUGCUCAAGAUUAUGCGCAGGGUGGCUCAAAUGAAAGCACGACGGACCAGCAAGCUUAUUACCCGAUUGAGCGCACAGCAGGGCGGGAUACCCACGUCGAACCCGAAAUCAGUAUCAACUUUGAUCAAUUCCUACAGUCGCAGGAGACUACACACUCUGCGCCGACUCUGUCGCAGCAGCGCCGCGAGGAACGUUGGAUUCCAUCUGCGACAGAGGGCGGAGGCGGAUCAAUUGGCGCAAUGCUCACCGAGAUUGGACACGCGCAGCGUCGAUUAGUCGAAGAUGAGGCCUCCAAUGGGGACCUUCUUCUACCGUCGACGAUUUCUGGCGUGGCAAGCGAGAUCUCGCAGCCUGGCUCGUAUCCUAUGAUGGAGAGCUAUGAUGCUCAGCAGCAAUGGAGGGAGAAUGAGAUUCACGAACAGACUCAUUGUCAACCUCCGAUGGAUAAUUCUUGUGUGCUCACCCAGCCAUUGGAGCAACCGCCCGUACAGGGCUAUGAAUACCGCACACUCGUGGAGACUGGAAAUGUGAAUUCACCAAGCGCGGGACGCAACGGACAAGCGAUGAACGCUGCCAUCUCCAUCCCGUUAGACAAUGGCCAUCUUCCAACCACCACAGUUCAACGAUCUCGAUCCUGGCAACCCCAGAUCUGGUCUCCACACGAUACGCAGCCGAUAUCGUCCGUUGCCUCCCCGGGCGUGGGCCGAUCGAAGAGUGACAAUUUCAAGUCCAGCCUCAUGUCUCCGCAGUCGGACCACAGCGCACACGACGAAUUGGCCUUGCCCCUAGCGACCCCAGUGAUUGCCAUUGACAAUUCAGCCGUGAAGAGGAAGCGUGGUCGUCCCAAGAAGCAACCUGUACCCGAUGAAGAUGAUGACGAGGAGGAUGAGCUCGCUGCUGCUGCUGCGCCGCGGAAUUUCUUUACGUCCAAAGUGAACAUGAAUGGCGAUCGACGACGGCCCGAGACAUCGCCAUAUGGAACGACAGUGGUCGCACAGCCGGACGUCGAGAUCAAUGACGAAGUCAAGGACCAGCCCGAACCGACAUCCGGAUUGAUGGUUGUUCUACCCGUCACAUUCGACGAGAAUUCAAACGAACGUACCGCAGCCGGAAUACCAUCAGAGCCUACUUCUACAGACACGAGGCCUUCGAAACAGGAAAAAUCCAAACAAAGCAGGACAGCCUCAGAACCCCUCAAUAAGAUUACAAAUGCGAACGAGGACAAUGAUGAUAAUGGUGACGAUGAUGAUAACGACGAUGUCAUCUGUGUGGACUCGAGACCUAUCCCACUUGACCGGGACGCCAUCAAAGAACAAACGCCCAAUUCCUCCGUUCAGAUCCAUGCGAAUGACACCCCCUCGAUCACAGAUGACCCAUCAAGCCCUAAGAAACGCGGUCGCAAACGUAAGCAGACCGCGAUAGAGUCCACUUCCACUCCGGCUUCGAAAAAGCAACAACAAGCUCACACCGCUCCUGCUCCCAAUACCGCUACCUCCAGCGUGGAAAUGCAAACAUCAGACUCGGCGUCGCAUCACGAAACCAAACCCCCAACGAUCCCCAACCAGCCCUCGGACAACCCCAAUCCCCAGCAUCAAGAUCUCAACCAAUCAGCCCAGAAGAAGGAAUCCGCUCCCACCAACGACAUUGGUCCGAAUACUCCGCAAAGAACCACGAGCAAAGAAAGCGAUUCAAGCACAAUUCGGACCCCAGCCAUGGGGCUUGCCCGGCAUAGCCCGAUUCUGUCCACGACAAAGGUGCCAUAUCGAGUCGGACUAAGUAAACGGGCGAGAAUUGCACCGCUUUUGAAAGUUGUGCGCAAAUGA